AUGGCCCCUCCUAUCCACAUCAAACAACAAGAGAUCCGUACGGAAUCAUGCCAGUUGCAGAUUCUAGUUAUUGGUGCAGGGCUCGCAGGCCUUGGAGCUGCCAUUGGCAGUGCCCUAGCUGGCCACAAAGUGCAGGUCCUCGAAGCAGCUCACGAGAUCAAAGAAGUGGGAGCCGGAAUCCAAGUUCUUCCCAAUAGUUCUCGUGUUCUACAACACUGGGGUCUAGAGAAAUCAUUGACUCCGCACAUGACUGUUCCCCGAGUGUGCAACUUCAUUGGCUGGAGAGGCAAUCAUAUCUCACAUCUCGAUUUCCACGAUUCGGAGAAGGGCUAUCCCGGUACUUGGUAUCGGGACUUUCAUCGUGCCGAUCUACAGCAAUGUCUCGUUAAUAGGGCGCUUGAUCUCGGUGUGCGAAUAACUUGCGGUGCUCGAAUUGAUAGCGUGUGUGUGAGUGCUGAUGGAGCGAUGGCUACGGUUGCCACUGGCGAUGGGAGAUCGUGGCAGGGCGAUUUAGUCCUCGGUGCGGAUGGAGUGUUUGGAAAGUUGACUCAGGAGUUACUGGGUCGUAGCGAUCCGCCGGUGAAAACGGGUGACCUUGCAUAUCGCCUUCUACUCUCGACAGAGAAGAUGAGGAAGGAUCCAGAAUUGGCGGUGCUGGUCGACGACCCACAAGUGAAUUACUGGCUGGGUCCUGACGCGCAUGCUGUAAACUAUGUCCUUCGAGGUGGAGAGCUAUUCAACAUGGUCCUUCUCGUACCAGACGACAUCCCAGAUGAGUCGCUUGCGUCGACGAUAGAGGGCAAUGUGGAGGAAAUGUGCAGUCUUUUCGAAGGUUGGGAUCCCAGAAUUCAAAAGCUUCUGAAACUCUGCCAAUCGGUCCAGAAAUGGCGACUAUGUAUCCGAUUUGGAGACUUUGACUGGCGCCAUCCAUCUGGAGCAUGGGUGAUGCUUGGAGACGCCGUGCACGCGACUCUACCAUAUCUCGCUUCAGGAGCUGGUAUGGCCUUUGAAGACGGUGCUGUCUUGGGUGAAUGUCUAUCUCGCCUACCCAAUUCUCCCAAUAUCUCGAAGAUUUUGCCCGAGUUUCUCAACGCGAAAAGGCACGCCCUAUCAGUCUUCCAAAAAUGUCGCAAAGAGCGCACGAAGAUGAUAGUUGAACGUGGUAAUAUCCAGCAGUAUCUAUACCACCUACACGAUGGACUGGAACAGCAAGAAAGAGAUCGGAAGAUGCAGAUGGUGCCUACGCCUGCUGGAGAGGCUCUUGCUUGGAGAGAUCCCGAACUAGCACCAAAGCUAUUAGGAUAUGACCAUAUUGCAGAUGUUGAAGAGCAUUGGGGUUAUAUACCUAACACUUUAGUAGAGUCUAAAUUGUGA